AUUUCCGUCCCCCGGACCAAUCCCAGGAAAACAGCCCCCCCAAUCGAUUUUCACUAGCAGAUAGAAGGGAGCUCUGAGAGUCAGUAGCAGUGAGCAGUCGAUGUGAAACAGUUAUCUUAUGAAAACGUAUACAAAACUUUCCCAUAUUCGCCGUAGCAGCCAAUUCGCCGUCCGAGAGCUCCAAAUUUUUUCCCUCAUUUGAGUCCUGCGAAGUCGACGUGUCGAUGCGAUAUUUCUCGUUUGGCGAAAAAAGGUGAAACAGUUGAGAAAACAAUUGAAAGGCAUUCGCACUGCCAUUUUGAAGCGACGCCUGAAUAAUUGAACGACUGCAGUGCUGUGGCAAGACGUGUGGGUGCGCGUACGUUCAAUAAUUGAUUGGGUAACCGUAAACAAAUAGCAGCAGCACGGACCAGGACCCUACCGUAUGUUAGGCCAGUGCCAAGGCUAACUUCCAAUACCUCACGACUGGACGGCAGCUAGAGCUAGAGCCCCAGCCACAUUAUCGAUUUGCGUAUAUGUGUAUGUCUGCGAAAUAGCAGUGUACACCUAAACACCUAUACACCUGUGCACAUACUCCCACACGCACGCACAUACACACACACACAUACACAAACGUACUGCACGUCAACGGCAAGAACUUUGACGCACGGGAUCUCGUGGUAUCCGCACAGAGGAGCAGAAGCAACCGCAUCAACCUCAAGACGCAUCGGCAGACGGACAGCAGAGAGCUCUGAACCGAAAUGGCCAGCGGCGGGGACCCCAAGUGGCAGAAGGAUGCUGCCGACCAGAACUUCGACUACAUGUUCAAGCUCCUUAUUAUCGGCAACUCCAGUGUGGGCAAGACGAGCUUCCUCUUCCGCUAUGCCGACGAUAGCUUCACAUCCGCCUUCGUCUCCACGGUGGGCAUCGACUUCAAGGUGAAGACUGUCUUUCGCCACGACAAGCGGGUGAAGCUUCAGAUUUGGGACACGGCCGGGCAGGAGCGUUACCGCACCAUCACCACAGCCUACUACCGCGGCGCCAUGGGUUUCAUCCUGAUGUAUGAUGUCACCAACGAGGACAGCUUCAACUCGGUGCAGGACUGGGUCACACAAAUCAAAACCUACUCGUGGGACAACGCCCAGGUCAUUUUGGUCGGAAACAAGUGCGACAUGGAGGAUCAGCGCGUGAUUAGCUUCGAGCGGGGCCGCCAACUGGCCGAUCAGCUGGGCGUGGAGUUCUUCGAGACGUCCGCCAAGGAGAAUGUGAAUGUCAAGGCUGUCUUCGAGCGCCUGGUGGAUAUCAUAUGCGACAAGAUGUCCGAGAGCCUGGACGCCGAUCCAACGUUAGUGGGCGGGGCACAGAAGGGCCAGCGCUUGACGGACCAGCCGCAGGGCACGCCCAACGCCAACUGCAACUGUUAGAGCGCCACCAGCCCCAGGAGAACGAGAACCCGGCACCGGAAAGUUAGGGAGAGGAUCUACUCGUACAACAAUCGUACAACAACAUGGACCGCAACUGAGGCAACAACAAACAGAAACAACAUAAAAUCAACAAAAACUUAAAGCUAGAUAAUUAGUCAGCUCAUUAAUCAAGGGAUGGAGGGCGUUUAUCCGCCAGUUAAACGAUGACAUGUAUAUGCAGGCAUCCAUGAAUGAUAUGAAGGCCAUGAGUAUGCCAGCAAUGCCUGUGUGCACUGUAUUUGUAACCAUAUAUGUAUGUAUAUCCUUUGCGUUCGGUCGCCUCCGUGUAAAUGUCAGAUGUUAUUUAAUCAAUGUUUGAAUUGUAAUUGGUAAUCGAUAAUUGGUAAUUGGUAAAUUGUAAUGUGUAUCUUGUAACGUGUAAUUUAAUCGGCUGCCGCAGCGACGCACUACUUGUUGAACAUGGACUUGACUGGACUUGGGCGACGAUAUGAGCAAAGGGCUACAGGGGGCUACAGAGAGGAGCUUCUAGGGCUAGCAGCACUAAUUAAAUGUGCACACGUUCUGUGCUGAUAAUUUGAUUUGCAACUGCAACUGCAACUUCAACUUUAACUUCGUUCGCGAUUCUCCAUCUCCAUUAAAACGGGGCUGGCAGCCUCGAGGCACUUUCCACUUGUAUAUACAUAUGCUGGCUUAACUGUACAGUUUGAAUGCUUGGUCACAACGCACAAAGCUAGCAAAUUGGUGAAAUCGAACAUAGUAACUAAAGCUACCACUAUAACUAUCUACAUACAUGUAUGAAACACACACACACACACACAUUAAAUCCCGAUCCCGGCUUGCCUUGGCUGGAAGGCUGCAGAGGCAGAUACAGAAACAGAUACAGAUGAAGAAACACAUACAUAAACAGAUACGUACAUGCUCGUAUAUAAAGAGCUAUGUACAUGAAUCGAGUGGCAAGCCAUUAUUAUUAUUAAAUAUUAUUAUUAUUAUUAUUAUGUACGUAUGUAUUUAUGUAGUGAAAUGGAAAAUUUUAAUGUGUUGCAAUUGAUAAAUGAAAUAUAUACAUCAAAUAUACAUACCUACUAUAUACGAUAAAUAGUACAUACUACCCAGACCCAGACUCAGAGCCUUUAGCCCAGAGCCUUUAGACUAUAGCCGAUAGCCUUUAGCCUUUAGGUACUUUCGCAGUUUUCCCUGUCUCUGUUCCUGUCAAGUUCCGAAUCCUUUCUGACAAUAACGUGUUGAAGACAGACAAACUUGAGGAUCGAAUUGAUCCUUGCCAUCCCAGGUAUCAAAAUUGUUUUCCGUUCUAAACUUUAACCUCACAGCGCACAAUUUAUUGAAUCGUUUAACCUGAUGCCUAGAGUUGCGGGUUGCGUAUUGAAAUUGAAAUCGAAAUUGAAUUGAAUUGAGCCCACCGAGCCAGCUGACAGAUCGGUGCAUUUAAUUUGCCAACUAUCCUCCCGACACAGACAUCCUCUUUUGAUAAGCACACCCCCCGCCCCCCGCCCCCAAACCCCCUAACUUUUCUACUGUCGUACGCUACGCUACGCUAUUGUAAAAGACACAACCAACUGCUGCCGUGACGAUAUUUGUCAGACAUGGAGGACACAGAGUUGAGAGGACCUUGUAUAUCUGGCCGCGGCCAGGAGGCUGAAACUGCUGAAACAUAACUGAAAUAUAACUGAAUAUAAAUGAAUAUAAAUGAAUAUACAUAUGUAUGUAUUGGGAAAUGCUCGUUAAUGUUAAAUAUGUAUGUGUAUACGCAGAGUUUCACUUGAAUUACGAUUAAAUUAAAGGCAUAUCGCUGUAUUAUAAAUACCCAAAACGAAUCGAGACAUACAUACGUACUACAACACACACCCGGAGACAUACUGCAAGCCAGAUCCAUCUUCCCCUACACCUCCGCGUAGCCAGAAAAAUUGCACAACGAGUUGUUUAGAUAAAGAACCAAAGUUCAGAGGAUGGGGAGUGGGAAAAUAGUGGAGGAAAGUGUGAAAAUUCAAUACGAAAAUGCCUUAAACAAGCGACAGCUGACGCGUACAUAGACUUUCCGGCAUUCGAUCUGUUUUGUAAGAUAUGUAGUUACAGCAUUCGUCUAAACUAAACUGAACAAACCCGACUAAAUUUAAAGUGAAAUCAAACCAAAACCAAAAACUAACACAAUAAGCAAACAAUUGUUAUCGAAUUCAUACUCGUACUCGUGCAUAAAGCAUUGGGUAAGCAAACGUUUUUGCGCUACAUUGUUGUCAUUUAACGAAUAGUACAUACAUAUGUAUGUAAUGGUACUAGCAUAUUGAUUAUGGCAUUGUGUACUCUCAGCCGAAACCUAAUAUUUGUGAACCGUUCUCGUACUCGUAAUCGUAUUCCAAGUAUUCCAAAAACAAUGCCAUUAUUUGCAUUCCAUUUGAAUUGCAGCAGAAUUACCCAACUAUAAAAUGCAUACGAUACAAUUAUGUCAAGCCCAAAAGAAAACUAAAUUGAAAAAUUCAAAUAAAAUAAUUCCGUAUGUUA